CCUCGGACAGCUCUGAACCCUCCUUUUGGCGCAUGCCUCUCAUUGCUCUUCUGCUCUCAAAGAUCGAAACUGGGAAUCGAAACUGCAUAGUGCCCAUGCAGCAGGAACCUGCACCCGCCGGAUCUCCGGGUCCCCAACAGGACCCCGCACUGCCCCACACGCCCACCAUGCCUCCCCCGGAGUCUCUCUCCGAAGGCCACCAGCCCAACCCCAGCCACAGCCCCACAGAGCAAGCCACGGAGGAGGAGUUCCAGUUCCUACGAUGCCAGAGCUGCCAGAUAGAAGCCAAGUGCCCGAAGCUGCUGCCUUGUCUGCACACGCUGUGCUCAGGAUGCCUGGAGGCACCGGGAAUGCAGUGCCGCAUCUGCCAGGUGCCCUGGCCGUCAGGUGCUGAGGCGCCUGCCCUGGAUAACGUCUUCUUCGAGAGUCUCCAGCGACGCCUGUCGGUGCACCGGCAGAUUGUAGACGCGCAGGCAGUUUGCACCCGUUGCCAAGAGCCUGCCGACUUCUGGUGCUUCGAGUGCGAGCAGCUUCUCUGCGCCAAAUGCUUCGAGGCGCAUCAGUGGUUCCUCAAGCACGAGUCGCAGCCGCUGUCAGAGCUCCGCAGCCAGUCGGUGCGCGAGUUCCUGGACGGCACGCGCAAGUCCAACAACAUCUUCUGCUCCAACCCCAACCACCGCACCCCUACGCUGACCAGGUGAGUGGGCCGGCUCAGG